AUGGCGCAUCCCUCCAUCAAGAUCGACACGAAUGUCCAGACAGUUAAGCGCGGUCCACCGGAGGACAACGACGCCGCUCUCGAUGUGCGAAGUGGCGACCAGGACAACCCGAGGUUGGAGUAUGGGAAUACGGAGAACGUCCCGCCAUUUCUCUGCCAAUCGGUCACUGAGAUCCAUGACAAGUUUGAAGACCUGGAGUGGAUGCAAAGAACGCGCCUGGCGGAGGGUAUGUUGUCUGACGACCCCACUCACCCAUGGGCCUUGGAAGCCGAUCCGAAGGUCAAGGCGAGGAAUCGGUAUCUCAACGUCCAGGCGUGGGCCAACUGCCGGAUCCAUCUUCGGGUACCCGACGGCGAGUGCGAUUUCAUUAACGCCUCCCCGAUUACCUUGAAAGACACAAUCACCGAGGAGGAGAGAAGUUAUAUUGCUACCCAGGGCCCGAAACUCGGACAUUUCUCUCAUUUUUGGCACAUGGUUUUCCAUGAAAGCAAGGAUGUUGGCGUUAUCGUUAUGCUCACUCAAACUUUUGAGGCGGGCCGGGAGAAAUGCGCCCAAUACUUCCCGUUGGACACCGAGCAAGCGUCAUUGGUUCUGUCGCCUGAUGAGUUGGACCCUUUCGUGAACGAUAAUCAUGAUCGGCAUGAGGAGACUGAAAAUGACCCCUUGGGCAAGGUCACACUGUUGGAAUCGACCUUUGAUGCCAAGUCCCGGUCCGAGAUUCGCAAGCUGGAAUUGACAAUUGGAUCGGAGUCGAAGAUCGUCUGGCAUUUCCUGUUUGCUGGCUGGGCGGAUUAUUCCAAACCUGAAGGGGGUGACCGUGAUGCCCUUCUCGAGUUGAUCACGCUGUCGGCUUCGAAAUGCCGUCGGGACAACCCGCGCGUGGUACACUGCAGUGCGGGCGUUGGCCGGACGGGGACCUUUAUCGCGCUGGACCACCUCCUCCGCGAGCUCGAGUCCGGCGAGCUGUUGAAGGUGACGGAUCCUGAGCAAGAUCCUGUCUUCGACACCGUCAAUCAGAUGCGCGAGCAACGGAUGAUGAUGGUAUACAACGAGAUGCAGAUGCAGUUCAUCUACGAGGUGCUUCGGGAACAGAGCGAUCGGAAGCUGGGCAAGAUUACCGAGUCUCCUAACGGAAGUCAUGCCGACGAACGGUCUGCGAAAGUGGCCAAGUUGAGCGAUCAGGCCGACUAUAUCCCCCCUCCAAGUCUGAGCUGCAAACCACCUCGAUCCGACCUCCCACCCCGACCAGAAGUUGGUCUGGUACACCUGAAGUCUCGGAUAAUGAAUGAUGCCUGGGAAACCAUGGCAAUGCCUUUUUCUUUCUUGAUUAUGACUGGACGUUCUGCUGCAUCAUACCAUAGCAUCCGGUGUUUUGUUUCUUGUGACAUGUCUGCCUGCAUUUUACCUUCUAUCCGUGGAUGCUUCUGUUGA